AUGCCCUGUGAUAUAUUGGACGGUUGCACACUGCGUAAUCCGUGUCAGUCGCGUACGUCGCAAGAUUCUUCGAAUGAACCACAGCCAUCCACUUCACACUGGGACAAUCAGCUUUGUUUCGUAACCAACGAAUUCUUCGAGGAAGCAGUGAAGUUGCGUUCGUUACGAAGACAAAUUUUGCAGGAAUAUAGGAAGGAUGCAGAUUUGAAGUACGAUUUUUAUAUUGAAGAGUACACAAUUCAGUCUGAAGUGUACAUGGAGAGCGAGCCGUUUGAUAAUCAGAAAGGCGGAUCGCUCAAAUGGCGAUUGAGGAUUUAUCCGCGUCGUUAG